AUGUCUUCCACAAAACCAGUCUCUCUCCUUGUCUCCAUCACUUUCUUCUUCUCUCUCCUCCUCAGCUCUUCCUCCGCACAGUCCGUCGUGAAAGCUACCUACUGGUUCCCAGGAAGUGAGUUUCCCGUCACCGACAUUGACUCAUCUCUCUUCACUCACCUCUUCUGCGCCUUCGCUGACCUAAACCCUCAAACCAAUCAAAUCACCAUCGCUUCCGCGAGCCAACAGAAAUUCUCCACUUUCACUCAAACCGUCCAACGGAGAAACCCUAACGUGAAAACCCUUUUGUCUAUCGGCGGUGGAGCCGCUGAUAAAACCGCGUUUGCGUCCAUGGCAAGUAACCCUACUUCUCGAAAGUCUUUCAUUGAUUCUUCGAUAAGGCUUGCGAGAUCGAAUGGUUUCCACGGUCUUGACCUAGACUGGGAGUAUCCAAGCAGUGCCACGGAGAUGAACAACUUUGGGACGCUGCUUAGAGAAUGGCGUUCAGCGGUUGUAGCAGAAGCUAGUAGCAGUGGUAGACAGCGUUUGCUUUUGGCGGCUGCGGUUUUCUACUCCAAUAAUUACUAUUCGGUUUUGUAUCCCGUUCAGGCGGUUGCCGACAGUCUGGAUUGGGUUAAUCUUAUGGCUUAUGAUUUUUAUGGACCGGGUUGGUCUAGAGUAACUGGUCCACCAGCAGCUUUGUAUGACCCUUCAAACGCAGGUCCAAGCGGUGACGCUGGAGUAAGAUCAUGGACACAAGCUGGACUUCCAGCGAAGAAAGCAGUCUUGGGAUUCCCAUACUACGGCUACGCGUGGCGUCUCUCAAACGCAAACAGUCACAGCUAUUACGCGCCUACAACCGGAGCGGCGAUAUCAGCGGACGGUUCUAUCGGAUACGGUCAGAUUAGGAGGUUUAUAGCUGAUAACAGAGCAACAACGGUUUAUAACUCCUCGGUGGUCGGAGAUUAUUGUUACGCAGGGACGACUUGGAUUGGAUACGAUGAUAAUCAGAGUAUCGUGACGAAAGUGAGAUACGCUAAGCAGAGAGGUUUGCUUGGUUACUUCUCGUGGCAUGUUGGUGCUGACGAUAAUUCUGGUCUAUCUCGUGCAGCGACACGUGCAUGGGAUGCUGCGGCAACGACCAGAACUAUACAGAAGUUUUAA